AUGAAGUGCCUGCAACUUCUCCUGGCGGCGAGCGUUUUGGCAUCGGCUACACCACAAAAGCGUGCGAACUGCAAGGACAUACGUGAUGCUCCAAUCACCCGGGAUGGUCCCACACUCCUGUUGAAUGGUAAACCGUGGAAGGCCGUAGGACCCAAUGUCUACUGGCUAGGUCUGGACGAGAACGUCACGCCGCCACCCGGGGAGCCGUACUAUGCGCCCCUCAAGGCAAGCUAUCCCACAAAAGGCCGCAUUACGGAAGCAAUGGCCGUGGUCAAGGCCAUGGGCGGCACAAGCAUCCGCGCCCACACCCUCGGCGUCAGCACGGGCAAUCCUCUCAGCGUGAUGCCCGAGCUGGGCAAGGUCAACGAGAAGGCGUUCGAGACGAUUGACUGGGCGGUGUACCAGGCCAGGGAAUUUGGGCUGAGACUGAUGGUCCCCCUGACUGAUAACUAUGAUUACUAUCACGGGGGCAAGUACAACUUUUUGCGAUGGGCAGGCUUCAACCUCACGCAGGCCAAGGAUGCCAACAACCCCCAGAUACAGCAGUUCUACACGGACCAGACUAUCGUGGCGUCAUUCAAGGACUACAUAGAGAAGCUGGUCACACAUGUAAAUCCGUACACGAACCUGACCUACGCCGAGGACCCUACCAUCUGGGCCUACGAGACCGGGAACGAGCUCCUAGGCCCCGUCUGGGGUGACAUGAACUGCCCAGCGACCUGGGUUGCCGACGUUGGCAAGUUCGUCAAGACUGUGGCGCCGAACAAGCUGUUCGUGGACGGCACGUACGGGGUGAACAAGGAGCACCUGGGGAUCCAGGAGGUGGAUGUAUUCUCGAACCACUACUAUCCGGCGAGCCUGCAGAAGCUGCGAUCUGAUCUCGAUCUAGUGGCUUCGGUGAACAAGCCUUACUUUGCCGGCGAGUACGACUGGAACCUACCUGCCGUCGGCGCCGACCCGCUGCCGGCCUGGUUCAAGGAGCUCGAGACGAGCAAGUACGUCGCGGGCGACGCGUUCUGGAGCCAGUUCGGGAGAAACAUUCCGAACUGCAAUGAAUUUGUCCAGCAUGCCGACGGCUUCACGCUCCACUAUGGCGACCCGGCAAAUUCAGCCACUGUCGACAGCCGUGUCAAGCUGAUCCGGAAGCACUUUAUCAAGGAAAGCCAGGGCGUGGACAUUGCUGCCGAUGCUGAGCUUCCAGUGGUGCCGUGUCCAGUCCCGGCUCCGGGGGCUAAGGGGGAAGGACUGACAUGA